AUGGCCGACACUCAAGCUGCGGGCGGUGACUCUAACCCCUCGAGGGGCAGUCGUAACCGCGGAAGAGGUCGCGGCGGUGGAGGAGGAGGAGGAGGAGGAGGAGGCAAUUCUGGAACCCGGGGAAAAGGAAGAGGAGGACGUGGCAGGGGCGGUAACAACGCUGCAGUGCCAACUCAGCCAGACACCUCGAGCACAUCUCAUCCAUCUAUCACCAAGGCCGAUAACAAGGUGCUUACACGUACGGCCGCAGAGGAUGAUGAUACGGCGAGUAGCGACGGAGAGGUAUGCUUCAUCUGCGCAGAGCCCAUCAAGUUCCACUCGAUUGCACCAUGCAACCACAAGACCUGCCACAUCUGUGGUCUUCGCAUGAGGGCCCUGUACAAGACCAAGGACUGUCCUCAUUGCCGAACUCCUUCUCCCUUCGUCGUCUUCACAGAGGAUGCGAAUAAGCGAUACGAAGAUUACACCAACGCCGACAUUACAAGUUUCGACAGCAACAUUGGUAUUCGAUAUACCAACGAGGAGAUUGUUGGCGACACUGUCGUGCUCCUCCGAUACAACUGCCCUGCGGAGGACUGCGUUUUCGCUGGAUUAGGCUGGCCAGAUCUUCACAGGCACGUCCGCUCAACGCAUCAAAUGAAGAUGUGCGACCUGUGUACCAGGAACAAGAAGGUUUUUACUCACGAGCACGAGCUCUUCGCGGACAAAGAGCUCGAGAAGCAUAUGAGACAUGGAGACGACAGACCAGGUGCCAUUGAUCAGACGGGCUUUAAGGGCCACCCACUCUGCGGAUUCUGCGGAUCGCGUUUCUACGACGACGAUAAGCUAUUUGAUCACUGUCGCGAAAAGCACGAGAGAUGUUUCAUCUGCGACCGGAGAGACUCGAGACACCCCCACUACUUUGUCAACUACAAUGCCCUAGAGAAGCAUUUCGAAAAAGAUCACUUCCCUUGUCUGGAUAAAGAAUGUUUGGAGAAGAAGUUCGUCGUCUUUGAGUCGGAGAUGGACUUGAAGGCACAUCAACUGGCAGAGCAUGGCAACUCUCUGUCCAAGGAUGUUCGGAGAGAUGCGAGGGUAGUCAACAUGUCAGGCUUUGACUAUAGAUCGCCAUACGAGAACGAGAGACGCGGAGGGAGUGGGGGAGGAAGAAGCGGCGGCAGUGGCGAUGGACCUUCAGGCGGACGCCAAGGUCGUGGCCGUGGUCGGGAUCCCAAUGCAGAGCCCAUACCCCAGAGCUCUGCGCAACCGCUCCGUCGCGAUGAGCUUGCCUUCCAAAGACAGAUGGCCAUCCAUUCAGCACAGUCAGUUUCCAACCGCACCUUUGAUGGCUCGCUCUCCCAGCCAUCAAGCACGACACCGGCUUCCUCGACUCGCCGAGGUAACGGUGCGCCGGCACCUGGAGGAUCAUCACGUCAAGGUCCCGCAGCCGCGGCUAACCCUGCACCUGUGUUGCCCACUGUCGAGAUGGAGCAGCUCAACGUGACCGAUAUCGCAUCGUUGCCUCCUCAGGAGAGGGCGGUGAUGUUGCGCCACCAAGGAGUUGUUGAGCGCGCCUCAAACAUGCUUGGCCACGACCAGUCCAAGAUGAAUGCGUUCCGCGAGUACAUUUCGAAUUUCCGGAAAGGAAAACUUACCGCCCCUCAACUGGUCGAUGCCUUCUUUUCGCUCUUCGCCGACACAUCGUCAAACGCGUUGGGCACUCUGGUCCGUGAGGUUGCUGAUUUGUUCGAGGACAAGAGCAAGGUCACUGCCCUGCAUAAAGCAUGGCAGGACUGGAGAGCCAUCAAUGAAGAUUACCCGUCUCUGCCUGGCUUGGGCGGUAUGCACGGCGCGACGACAGCCUCAAGCGGCUGGGCCAGCGCGGCCUCCCCAUCCCCCACUGCACCAGCGGCGGCACCGAACCAGAACCAGAAGCACUCAAACAGAGUGUUAAGGCUGAAGAACAGCACCCGAGCCGGCGCCUCGGGACCUAAGCCCGUGACACCGGCCUUUUCGAGUAACUGGGUCUCGUCAUCGAGCGGCUCGCGUCCUCCACCAGUAUCAUCCGCAUUCCCUGCGCUCCCCGCGGCUUCCUCGUCAUCCAAGUCUUCGGCACCCCAGCCAUCCUGGAUCGGGCCGAACAAACCUUCCGCCUCCAGAUCAUCCGGCCCCGCAGGCCCGGUGCGUUCGACGCCCGCCGGUCGCCCGCCGCCAUCUUCUGCCUUCCCCGCGUUGCCCCCAGCGCAGAAACCCCUCACAACAAUCUUCGGCUACGGCACGGGCCGAGGUGUACGACGCGAUCUUGGCGGUGCCGCUAGCAGCUUCAGUUGGGGAUCGGCCCCGGGAAGCGGAGCAGCAAGCGAGAAUGUGUCGGAGAAGGAGGAGGAGGACGCUGUCCAGAGCACAGGCGGAAAGAAGAAGAAGGGCAAAAAGGUGCUUGUCCAGUGGGGUUAA